AUGGCCCUUGAACUCAUAAGGAGUGCUGUCUUUUUGCUUGCUCUUUACUUUCAUGCUGUGCAUGCAUCUCCCAAUGCAACUGAAAUCUUCUCCUCGAACCGAAGUACCUUCAGUGUAUUGACUUCUCGCGAUGCGGAGGACUUCACUCUUCGGAUUCUUCCUCUUGGGGCCUCUAUUACAGCUGGCUAUUUGUCCAGUGACAGCAACGGGUACCGGAAAGCUCUUCGUGCUCAGCUCCGCCAUGCUGGCUGGGUAGUCAACAUGGUUGGAAGUGUCUCCACCGGUACAAUGCAUGAUAACAACCAUGAAGGACACCCGGGCUAUCGAAUCGAGCAAGUACAAAGCGAGGCCAAGAAAAGCAUUACCUCGAAGCCUAAUCUUAUUUUGAUCAAUGCGGGUACAAACGAUGCAACCCAGAAGUAUCAGACAGAUACGGCUGGUGAUCGAAUGGACACAAUGAUUGACUACUUGUACUCAUCUGUUCCAAACGUUACCAUCAUCCUGUCGACGCUUCUACCGAACACCGCCCAGCCCGCCCUAGUUGGCCAGAUCAGUGUUCAAUAUCGACGACUAUAUAUGCGACGGAAGGCUGCGGGUGAUAAGAUUGUCAUUGCAGAUAUGCAAAGUUUUAUUUCCGUUGAUGAUCUUCAAGAUGACACGCAUCCGACCGAUGAUGGGUACAUAAAGAUGGCAUCGAUAUGGUGGCCGGCCAUUCAAGAAGCCCAGACCAAUGGCUUUCUUACCCCUCCUGCGGACACAGACGUCAGCGACACAUCGAGUUCAACCUGUGAGAAAACAUUUGCCAGUGGCGAAAACAACUAUGCACAGACGCAAAGAGGUAGUGGUACAGAUGACGGCAAUUACAUACACAACUCGGAGGACAAGGGUCGAAUUUUGAAGAUCACUGCGGUAGGCAAUAUCCACGAGGGGAUCAACUUUGCACAGCUGGUAAACACGGGCGGUGCGUACCGUGAAGGUGCAUUAGAUGAACUCAUCCAAACUGUUGAUGGCGCUGGAACUUAUAUGUAUCUGAAUAACAACAAUGGGGAAUUCGGCGAUCCUGUCAAGAUUGACGUCAAGGAUAGUUGCGUCCACUGGGGCGAUGUCAAUAAUGACGGGCUAGACGAUUUUAUUUGCAUCAGCCGUGAAGGUGCCAUGUAUGUCUCGAUUAACAAGGGCGGCAAUCCCCCUACAUUUCAGUCCAUCGGGCUCGUCAUGGCUGCUCCUGGGAGUGGUCUGGCCCAGGAAAACGUCCGACUUGGUGAUAUUGAUGGGGACGGGCGAUUGGACUAUUGCCUUAUCCAACCGGAUGGCGAUAUCCAAUGCUGGCGGAAUGGCGGUCAGAAUGAAGCGCCCACCACAGAAUAUGGUGGCUAUUGGCAGGAUCUGGGUAUUGUCUUCACUGGCAAGAAUAUGGGUAACAUAACUGGAGUCCGCUUGGUUGACCUCAAUGGUGAUUUCCGCAGUGACUGGCUGUGGAUGGAUGACGAGGGCAAAGUUACCACCUAUAUUAACAAUCGUGGUACAGGAAAAAACAGUCUUGUGCCUGAUUGGGUCUCUGCGGGCGUUACUCAUGCCGGUAUGGGAGUGGAGGGGGCAAAGGAGCGCAUCAAGUUUGGCUUGGUCUACGGAGGUAGUACCAAGGGCGCAGACUAUGUUUACAUCGAAUCUGUCCAGACAUCUCCAAGUACGGGUGGAGCAGCACCAAUCUACAACCACUACACCCACGUUUGGAAGAACGUCGGAUCUGGGGGAAGAUAUUUGAAAGGCGAUGGUGUUUACUACUGUGAUAUGCGCGGAACGGGGGCAGACGACUAUAUUUGGGUCUCCCCCGAUGGAAUUGGCUAUCUUUACGGCAAUAUUCACAGCCCGCCAGUCUGGAGCCCAGAAGGUCCGAAGAUCUUCGAAACAGGAAAGGAACGGAAAGCGAUUCACUUGGCUGAUUUCGAUGGAGAUGGCAAGUGUGAUCUGUGGCUUGUGGAUCGGGCCACCGGGGCAGCAGAAGUCUGGAUUAACAAUUGGAAUUCCAAAUCCGGUACAAUGUCCUGGGACAAGCGUGGAAUUGUCAGUGGGAGUGCCAAGUGUGUCCAGGGCUGGGGUGUUGGCCUCUAUGAUAUUGGUCUCCGGUUCCAUGACAUUAAUGCCGACGGCCGUGCAGACUAUCUGUGUAUAGAGCCGGAUGGACGUACAACAGGAGCUCUGAACAAAGGAGAGAACAACUUCGAGGAUGUUGGCCAAAUCAAGCAUACCGAAGGAUAUGACCGUGCUAAUCAUAAAUGGGCCGAUGUGGACGGAGAUGGCCUUCUGGACUUCUUGUGGGUGGAUAAAUUCAAUGGAGAUACCUCGGUUUGGAAAAAUAAAGGCCGAGUGGCAGAUGGCAAGCUUGUCGGCGGCUCCACAUUCGAAUGGGAAGCCUUAGGAGCUCGUUAUCAAGGGGCUGAUCGUGGCGCGAAUAUGCAUUUCCCAAAUCUUGGUGGAUUGGGUCGUGCUGAUUACCAUCAAGUUAUCCCUCGCACAAAUAAGGCUUAUACGUGGUUCAACGUGUGCUCGGGUGGUUCGGGAAAGGCCCUCGAUGAUGAGGAUCCCUCAAUUGAUCCAGGUUUGCCGGCCUUGACAGUACCCCACCCCUUCUGGCCUCUUCCUCACAACUACAUCUCAUAUGGAGACUCUUAUGCUGCUGGGAUCGGUGCCCAUUGUGGCUGGAUUAUAGAUGAAUUCGAUGAGAGUACAGAAGGAAUAGAUUGUCGCCGCUGCGAAGGAUUGUAUCCUUAUCAACUUCUCAGCGCCGGUCCCGAGCUGAACGGUAAAGAACUUCGGUUCCCAUCUUGUUCUGGGGCAGUGAUUAAUGAUAUGGAAAAUGCGAACGCCAAUGGCAGAGAAGGUCAAAUCAUAUGGGUACGGGCCUUGGAUUAUUAUAAAUCAAGCGGUUGGGGAACACUGUCUAUCGGCGGCAACGAUCUUGGAUUCGCAGAUAUUGUGAUAAGUUGCAUCCUCUGGUGGAACUCCAACAAAUGUGACGCUGCUAUGGGCCGGGCAGGCGCCAAGGUCAGAGAUCCUGCGUUCAAACUGAAAUUGGCUGAUCUUUACAACAACAUCUUGCUCGAUGCUAUGGGAGGGCGGCAACCUGAAAACCACGGGUUCUUGUUGGUUGUGACCGGGUAUGCGCAGUUUUUCUACGACAAGGAUGGUGAGUGUGACGAAAGUUAUUUCUGGCGCGGGGGAUACUUGAAACAGGAAUUACGGAUGAACGUGAACGCGCUUGUGGUGGAAUUGAACAAUGUCAUCAAGGAAGCCGUCAUCAUUGCGCAAGAUGCCUUCGGUGGCAACUAUAAAACGGACUACAACAUCAAAUUCUUCGACACAGAUGUCCUAUUCGAAGGCCACCGCUUCUGUGAGCCUAACAAGGACUAUCACGAUAGCUGGUUCUUUGUGAUACUUGGAGCUGAUGCCCUAGCCGACGGUACAGUGGUUUCAGAGCCCUCAGCCACCGAUGGAGGGAUUGAUACGACAACUUAUUGGCAGAGUUGCCAGACAACAGAUGCAGACAUCUGGACGGACAUGAUUUGUGAGUAUUCUAAGGCGGUGCAUGAUGGGACUCCAAUGGGACAGGCGAAUGUGACUGAGGAUGGCGAUGAUUACAAUGUCAUGGUGCCACGGGAGGCUGCAAAAGUAAUGCAUCCGAAAACAGUAGGAUACAAACAAAUUUCGGACGGAAUUUAUAAGCUUGUGACGAGUCUUUAA